AUGAUUGACAUCAUCACUGCACUUUGGGGGGCACUACUUUUAAUCAUCAUGUGGUUUUUAAGGUACUAUAUGAAGCAGCGUUUCUUCAAUUCCAUAUUAGAUAAUAUCCCAGGACCGCCAUCGAGUUCGUUCUGGACUGGCAAUCUUCAACAAUUUUUUGGUAGACAUGGCUAUGGCUUCCAUGAGGAACUGGCGCAGAACUACGGUUCUGUAGUCAAGAUACACGGAUCAUUUGGGCGGCGAUUACUGUACGUCUUUGAUCCGAAAGCGCUUCACACCAUGACUGUCAAGGAUCAAGCUACAUUUGAGGAAGGGUCUGAUUUCAUCAAGUGCGAUAUUUCUGUCUCUUAUUCACAUGCAUCAAUAUUCACCUGGCGGAGCAGUGCAAACCUACUGGUAUUUGGACCAGGUCUCCUGUCUACGCUUGGCGAGCAACAUCGUAGACAGAAGAAGAUGCUUAAUCCCGUGUUCAGUAUCAAUCACAUGCGUCGUCUAUUGCCCAUAUUCUACGAGACCGUUCAUCAACUUCGCAUAGCGAUGAUGUCGGAAGCUGCAACGGGGGACGGGGAAAUGGACAUCCUGGACUGGAUGGGACGGAUGUCUCUUGAGCUCAUAGGGCGAGGUGGGCUUGGUACAUCAUUCGAUUCCCUAAUCGUGGGUACCAAGAGCGACUACGGCGAAGUCAUGAAGUCAACGUUCGCGGCGCUUCAGGACGUCUUUAUCCUCCGACCUCUCCUCCCAUAUGUAUCCCGACUUGGCCCCGCAUGGUUCAGAAGACGCAUGGUCGAAAUCAUCCCAUACCAGCCAGUACGGAAAUUGAAAUCACUUGUGGACAAGAUGGCAGAUCGCUCGACAAAGAUAUAUCAAGAAAAGAGAGCGGCACUGCGUGAUGGAGAUGGAGGGACCUCAACGCAGAGUGGAGAAGCGACGGAUAUUAUGACUAUUUUAAUGAAAAUGAACAUGGUCGCUGAUGAUGAAGAUAGGUUAUCCGAUGACGAAGUACAUGCACAAGUAUCAACCAUGACUCUAGCAGCAACUGAUACCACGUCGAACGCAUCAUCGAGGGUAUUGCACUUGCUAGCAGAACACCCUCAGGUUCAAGAAAUGCUUCGCAGGGAGAUCGUGGACGCAUGCGAUGGCGACGAGCUUUCGUACGACCAAUUGAACCGUCUCCCGUAUCUGGAUGCUGUUUUGCGCGAAACUUUGCGGCUUUACCCCCCUGCUACAUUGCUGUCUCGCGAGGCAACGGAGGACACUGUCCUUCCUCUCUCUGAACCAAUUCUCGGUGUUGACGGCCAAUUGAUCCACGAGGUUCCGAUAUGCAAGGGUACCGAACUAUUUGUUGGUGUCUUAGGGUCUAACACGUGCAAGACAAUCUGGGGUGAGGAUGCUCUAGAGUGGAAGCCAGAGCGCUGGCUAUCUCCCCUGCCAAAUACCGUUAUAAAAUCCCCCAUACCGGGCGUAUACUCUAAGCUGAUGACAUUUUUGAGUGGCAAGAGGUCUUGCAUCGGAUUCAAGUUCGCGGAGCUGGAAAUAAAGGUUAUUUUGUCCAUGUUACUCCCUACCUUCACCUUCGAGUUAACCGAUAAGCCGAUAACUUGGAACGUGGCGACCGUCUAUUAUCCUACCGCCAGCCCGGAGGAUACACAACCCCAGUUGCCUCUAAAAGAAUCCGCGAACCACUUCUUUGCCAACAUGCACGCGAUACAGCAACAAUAUUGGGCGGUGCGAGACUACCUUAGCCCAGUGUUGAAGGAGAGCAAAUUCAAGGAACACGGUCGUAUAACCCCAGAGGAAUUUGUCGCCGCUGGUGAUUUCCUCGCGUAUAAAUUUCCCGUGUGGUCAUGGGAGAAAGGUGACGCGUCGAAAGCUAGGGACUACCUCCCGACCGAUAAGCAGUACCUCGUUACUCGUGGCGUGCCAUGCCUUCGCCGCGCCACAGCACUUGCUUAUACCGACGCCGAUGAGGAUGCCGAGCGCCUCCUUUCCAUCGGCGAUUUGUCGUCAACUGGAAACGAGGCCGACGAGUGGGUGGAAACACAUGCAGGACGGGCUUCCGACAUCGACUCUGGGGCGAAUCCCGGCGUAAUUGAUGACAUACCUGAUGUCGACGACCACACCGGUGAGGGUGCGCUUGCGAGUGCCAUGGGCAAUGUUUCGCUCUCAGGGGCGAAUGGAGAUGGCGUCGGAGAGAUUCCUGAUAUGGAUGAGAUUCCCGACAUGGAGGAAGAAGAUCUCGAGGCAGACGACGACGAAGCAACUGCUGCGCCCAGGGUGACACCGACUUCAAGGAUCAUCGAUUCAAGUGAAGUGGAGGUCGCGAAAGGGAAUCUGCUCCAAGUGCGAACUUACGAUGUCAUGAUCUCAUAUGACAAGUACUACCAGACACCGCGUAUUUGGCUCAUAGGCUAUGACGAGGCGAGCAUCAAUCUUGCAUUUAACCGAACACCUUUGACUCCCCCACAAAUUUUUCAAGAUGUCUCGGCUGAUCAUGCAUUUAAGACGGUGACAAUCGAAGCCUUCCCACAUUCCACUAGCUUACAGGCUGCCUCCGUUCACCCAUGCAAACACGCGAGCGUCAUGAAGAAGGUUAUCGAGCGUAUGAAUGCUGGGGUUAUCGAGGAACAGCAAGCGCAACGCAAAGCGUUUGCGUCAGGGCCGGCGUCGCCGAAGGAUAAACAGAAGAAAUGGCUGUUCCGUCGUGCAAGCGGAAAUGGAAAGGAAGAUAAGACACCCACAACGCCUGGCGAAGAAGAGAUGGAGGGCAUGCGGGUCGACUUUUACCUUGUCGUCUUUCUCAAAUUCAUCGCAUCGAUCGUGCCGACGAUUGAAGUUGACUCAACCACAGCUUUCUGA